AUGAUGGAACAGCAGCAGCAGCCGCAGCUGCUGGCGAAUCCCUUCAUGGCGAUGCAGCAGAUGAUGACCAACAACAGCGGCAAGACGCUCUGCUUCUUCGACAUGGCCAUCGACGGCCUUCCGGCCGGUCGCAUUCUCUUUGAGCUCUUUCCGCAGGUGGCCCCUCGAACCUGCGAGAACUUCCGCGCCCUGUGCACCGGCGAGAAGGGCAUCGGCCCGGUCAGCGGGAAGCCGCUGCACUACAAGGGCUCCACCAUCCACCGGGUAAUCCGGGACUUCAUGAUCCAGGGCGGAGACUUCACCAACUUCAACGGCACCGGCGGCGAGAGCAUCUACGGCGAGCGCUUCGACGAUGAGAGCUUCCGCAUCAAGCACGACGGCCCGGGACUGCUGAGCAUGGCCAAUGCAGGGAAGAACACCAACGGAAGUCAGUUCUUCAUUACCACGGCGCCCUGUCCACACCUGGACGGCCUUCACGUGGUCUUUGGGCGCGUGUACAAAGGAAUGGGCGUCGUCGAGAGCAUCGAUCACCUGGUCACCGGAGCCAAUGACGCGCCACUUCAGAAAGUCGUCAUCAUCGACAGCGGGCAGAUCAACCCAGGCGAGCCGCUGGGGCUGGCGACCGACGACGGCACCGGCGACCUCUUUCCCUUCUACCCCGAGGACGCCGAGCUGGACUUCAGCAAUUUCGCCACCGUCUUCCCCAUCGGCGAGUUCCUCAAGAACGCCGGCAACAGCCUGUUCAAGGCGGGCCGCUAUCAGGCGGCCAACGCCAAGUACGAGAAAGCCCAGCGCUACCUGAACAAAAUGCACGACGGCGAGAUCACUAAGGAGACGGAGCAGCAGCUACUGGACCUCGAGGUGCCCUGUAUGCUUAACCGGGCCGCCUGCCACCUGAAGCUGAUGCUGUACGACAAGGCCAUUGAGGUGCUGGACGAGACGCUGGAGAUCGUCCCGGAGCACCCGAAGGCGCUGUACCGGCGAGGGCAGGCGUACCACGGCCGCCGCGAGUACCAGAAGAGCGUCGCCGACCUGAAGAAGGCGCUGCAGUUUGCGCCCAACGACAAGAACAUCCUCUCGGAGCUGGUGGCGGUGAAGGGCGAGAUCACCGCCUACCACAACAAGGAGCGCCUCAUGUACAGCAAAAUCUUCAACAGCAAGUAG